AUGAGGGCGGCCAUUGCUGGGGCUCCGCCGCGGGGAGGAGGACGCUGAGGAGGCGCCGAGCCGCGCAGCGCUGCGGGGGAGGUGCCCGCGCCGACGCGGGGCCCAUGGCCAGGACCACCAGCCAGCUGUAUGACACCGUUCCUAUCCAGUCCAGUGUGGUGUUAUGUUCUUGCCCGUCCCCAUCAAUGGUGAGGACCCAGACUGAGUCUGGCACGGCCCCUGGCAUUCCCAGUGGUGGUAGCAGACAGGGCCCCACCAUGGACAGCACCGCGGCUGAGUCCCGACCGAGCACCAACUCGCUGCAACACACCACACAGCCGCCACCACAGCCUCGGAAGAAACGGCCUGAAGACUUCAAAUUUGGGAAAAUUCUUGGUGAAGGCUCUUUUUCCACAGUUGUUCUAGCCCGAGAACUGGCAACCUCAAGGGAAUAUGCUAUUAAAAUUCUAGAGAAACGUCACAUUAUCAAAGAGAACAAGGUCCCGUAUGUAACCAGAGAGAGAGACGUGAUGUCACGCCUGGAUCACCCGUUCUUUGUUAAACUUUACUUCACAUUUCAGGAUGAUGAAAAGCUGUACUUUGGUCUUAGUUAUGCCAAAAAUGGAGAACUACUUAAAUAUAUUCGCAAAAUUGGCUCAUUCGAUGAGACAUGCACCCGGUUUUACACGGCCGAGAUGGUGUCAGCUCUGGAGUACUUGCAUGGCAAGGGCAUCAUUCACAGAGACCUGAAACCAGAAAACAUUUUAUUAAAUGAAGACAUGCACAUCCAGAUCACAGAUUUUGGAACUGCAAAAGUACUAUCCCCGGAGAGUAAACAAGCCAGGGCCAACUCGUUUGUCGGAACAGCCCAGUAUGUGUCUCCAGAGCUGCUCACAGAGAAAUCGGCCUGUAAAAGUUCAGACCUUUGGGCUCUCGGAUGUAUAAUAUACCAGCUCGUGGCAGGACUGCCGCCUUUUCGAGCAGGAAAUGAAUAUCUUAUAUUUCAGAAGAUCAUUAAGUUGGAGUAUGACUUUCCUGAAAAAUUCUUCCCUAAGGCAAGAGACCUUGUGGAAAAACUUUUGGUUUUAGAUGCCACGAAGCGAUUAGGCUGUGAGGAAAUGGGAGGGUACAGCCCCCUGCGAGCUCAUCCAUUCUUCGAGUCCAUCACGUGGGAGAACCUGCAGCAUCAGACGCCUCCGAAACUCACUGCCUACCUGCCAGCGAUGUCGGAGGAUGAUGAGGACUGCUACGGAAACUACGACAACCUCCUGAGCCAGUUUGGCUGUAUGCAGGUGUCUUCGUCUUCCUCCUCCCACUCCCUGUCCGCCUCGGACGCAGGCCUGCCGCAGAUGGCGGGCAGCAACAUCGAGCAGUAUAUCCAUGAUCUGGACACUAAUUCUUUUGAACUGGACUUAGAGUUCUCCGAAGAUGAGAAGAGGUUGUUACUGGAGAAGCAGGCCAGUGGAAACCCUUGGUACUUUGUGUCCUUUGACUAUUUUUCUACUUGUAACAUUUUCCAUAUUUUUGAAAUCAUCUCCAAGAGCCAUGGAUAUGAAGAACAUUUUUGUUGUAUAUUUCACAAAUGUUUUUCUUCAGUUUACAUUUUGAGGUUUUGUGUGUAUUUUUGUGUAGAAGUUGCAAAUUCUUACAAAAUCAAACGUGUCUGUGUUUUUGUUUUCUGUUUUCCAUCUUGGUCAUGUUGAAAAGAGUGUGUCUACCCUGACAACCUUCUUUACAUGUUUUUAUGAUUUCCCUUUUGACUCACAGGUGGAGGGAAGUCUGUCACAGGGGUGAGUGGGGAGGUAUGUUGGGGUAGGAAAAGGGUUGGAGAGAGAAGCAAACUGGUUGGAGGGCUGGGCUAGGCAACCAGGCUGGAGGAGGAGGAGGAGGAGGCAGGGUGCAGAGGAGAAGUAGUGGGUGAUGAGGCCAGGAUUCUGUACCAUUUGAAAUUAUUAUCUCUAGCAAAAGUACAAUUAGAUGUUGGCCAACUGGAAUAUCUACACUUCUUGGGAGUUUAUCCUUCCUAAAGUGGUAUCACAUAGGAGUAUCAUUGUGCACUGAGCAGGGAGCAAGGGGCUUUGGUCAGAAUGGUUUGAGCACCACCAGGCCAUGUGCUCCAGGCAGGUCUGUGCACAGAGUCGUGCAGAAGCUUCCUGGACCUGUGUGUGAUGGGGUCCCUAAGAAGGGCCUGCUCUGCAGCCAUGGGCUAACUCCCCAAAAGGCUGUAUGCCUUGGCUGAGGGCAUUUGCUGAGGCCCUUCAGCCUGGAUUCUGGGUGGGAUCAAGGCCCCUUGCCUUCCCUCUCUUUGUUCUGGCUUCUCUUCCCUUUCCUCCAGGUUCAGGCCUAUUUGGGAGCUGGUGAUUUCCAAGAGCUCACAGCAUCUCUUAUUUGACCAGGGCAAGAUAUGUCAAGCACUUUGUUCUUUAGAACAAUGACUCUCCAUGCACGGCCCACAGGGCGUGAUAAUAAUAGUGGAAUAACACGAAGAGGAUACUUGCUUUCUCCCCUUGUUCUCCCUGAGUAUGCAGUGUACUGCUUUAGAGACUGCACACUGGCCAGUGAUGAUGAUGUUCUGCGGCUCCUGGACUGUGUGCUUUGUCUGUUUUGAAUCUUCUGCAGGAGUUGGUUUACCGUCUAAGUAUGAGCAGCUUUAGAGACGUAGUGAGUUCUUAGUAUUUCUGCGGAGCUCUUAGUAGCUGUCUGCAGUUACACCUGCUAUGAUUGCUGUAACUUGGUGUCUUCUGGUAAAUCCUUGCUUUGAGAUCCAGAGGUUUCCUUAGACCUACGUGGACUCACCACAGGACCUCAGGACACUCUGCUGACUUGUUCUUCAAUAAAACAUAAAGAUUUCUGAAUUUCUAAAUUUUAUCAAAACUGUUACUGUUGACUUUAAUGAUAUAUUCUAAAAUAAAAGGGCAUUUAUAACAUUUUCAAGUUUAAGUAGGGAAUCAUUGAUUCAGAGAGAUGUGCUUUCCCCACAUUGCCCCCCUGCCCUCCAUGUCUGAGGGUGAGGAGGAGGCAGCCCUGCCUGGCAGAGAGCACCCUGCAACAUGGAAGGGAGGGGCCUGCCCCAGGAGCCUGGGCAGAACUGUAGGUGUGGAGCUCACCAGGCCAUGGCCCUCCGCCCCUCAGAAGCAUGGAUGUCUGAGCCUCCAUGCACACCUGUGAAAUGGGGUGGUUUCGCGUACUGUUACCGUGCUGGUGGAGCUGCAGUGCCAAAAGAGUUUUAACAGUAGAGGAAUUGCUCAUUGUACAUGGACACAUGAGGACCUCUUUCAAAGCCAAACUUACAAAGCUGCUAUGGCAUCUUACAGAGAAGUUGUGUUGUCCAGGCUGGCGAAGUGCAUGUGACAACUUGGAGGCCAAGGAGUGUUGAGCUGUUGACAAGGCAGAGUGCCUGCCAGGUGACAUUCGAGGCAAGGAGCCCCGGCACUGCCACAGGCCCUGGCACAGCAGCUCCCCAGGUAAAGACGUGGCUGCAGACACUAGGAGUGAGUUGGCAUCCCUCUGGCCACGUUGCACUUUUGCCUUGAGUAGAUAAAUCAGAUACGGGUCAUACUGCAAGCAUUGAACAGUGUGGGCUUCAAGUCUGUGAGCCCAGAUUCUCAUAUUUAGGAAGAGAAAAGUGAACUGCGGUCCAUGCAUAUGGAUGAAAACUAGAGGAUCACAGUUAAUCACUGUAGUGUUGAAAUCUCUACAGCCUAGAAGCUGGAAGUCACAGGCCUUUAGGUCUUUCUGGAGGUCCCUCGAGGUGUCUGCAUGUCUCUUGAGCUGAGCAGGUUCAUCAUCCUUCAGCUUCUGGUUGAUCACACUGGUUAAUCCCCAGGCAUUCAGAAUACACAGAUGGCUCAGGAAGACUUCCUUCUCAUGCCACAAAUUCCCUUCACCAUUGUUGUCCCAGGAUGAAUCCUGGAUAGAGUUUCAAUAUGGAUCAGUGAGAUCAGCCAUGAUUAAUCCAGUAGUGCCGUUGGUAUGUCCUUUUAGUUUGAUGGCCUCAUAGGCACUUUCAACCACCAUCAUAUGUACUCCCUUCUAAUUUUCACUGUCAUCAUCUAUCACCAUUUCUGGAUUCAGUUCCUGAGCAGAAACGCCUGCCACAUUCACUCCACACAGCCACUCUUGAGUCGCCAUGUUCUCCCAGAAUCCAUCCAUGGCAGCUGCUGGGAUGAAUGCCAAGUUUUUCAGCCAUGAGAUAGUGAAAUCUAAGAGAAUCCAGAUUACACUCUCUUCCAAUCACACGGUGCUCGGGUAGUCCACUUAGUUUCCAGGUCACAUAUAUGAAAUUAUCCACUGGGUUGGAAACCACAGUCACUCACACCUGGGACCGUGAACAGUGGAUUUGAAGACACUGACAUUCCUUUGCACCAGACCGAGUCAGCUCUCUCCUUUCUAUGGGGGUGGGGAGGGGAGAUGUGCCACAGUUACCACCACAACCCUGGAAUCGACAGUCACAGAGUAACCUCUCUCGGCCACAGUUUUAGCUGUCUGAAGAAAUAAGCUCCCAUGUUGCAGACCCAUCAUUUCUCCUUUGAGUUUAUCUUCCAAAACAUCCACAAGGGCAAUUUCAUCAGUCAGAGACUUUCCCAAAAUGCUGAUGGCACAUACCAUACCAACUUGUCCAGCACCUACUACAGUGAUCUCAACCUUGGGAAGGUUGCCUCUUCUGCAACUGGUGCAAUCAGUUUUUCUGUUAGAAUCACCAUUGUGCCCAGGAGAGAGACAACUGUAAGAGUGGCUUAAAGCAGACAGUGUCAGCUGCAUGCACCUCCUCAGGCAUGGGGUCUGCCUGAAGUGCUUCUUUUGAGCCUCACUGCUUGUUCUGGAACAAAUGUGUUGAGCAGUGCACCGGUGGUACAGACGCAGUGGUGGGUAAACCACAGGUGCCAGAUCAUGAGUCCAGUUUGGGGUACCAAGCAUUGCUGGAGCCCCUGGGAUCUCACAGACCACAGCCAUCCCUGCACCGGGAGAAAAGAAACUGGUCUCACUGAGGAAUGGUCAUGAAAAAUUACUGAUUUUAUUAGUAGUCUGAAUGAAAUGCAAAGUGUGCAGGAAGCAUCUCUGCUGCCAACCCAAAUGUGAGUUAUCUCAAGUAAAGUGCUGGCAUUGGGAGCUGGCCAGCUGCUCUUUGCAUGGAAGACUGUUUUCACUGUAGAGUUUUACUGGCAAACUGGUUAUUCAGACUUGGCUGUUUGGCCAGUUUUUCUGGAAAAUGAGUGGAAUGAGUCUGUCACUUUAAGACAAACAACUGCCAGUAUUUGUCACCAGUGAUAAAAAUUGAAAUUAGGAUUUUGGAAAACUUUAUCCCUCCCUGUAAGUUUGACAUCUUCCCAGCAACUAAAGACUCUUUUUGAAGAGAUAGUGACGGCAACAAGUUGAUUUGUUGAUAAUCGUGGAACAAAGUUUGUCAGCAUUGGGAGGAUUUCCAUGACUCAGCAAACCACCAUCUUCCGGGUGACUGCUGGGUGACAGAGCUAUUCAAAGUGCCAGGUGGACUGAUGAAUUUUAAUGUCCCGGAGUGUGAAAAAUCCAUCAUGGGGACUCAGAUUCCGUGUGGCAGUGGACCGUGAAGGAGCUCCACUUGUUGAGCUUGGGCGCGUUAUCAGAGAAGAAUGCCCAUCACUCUCUGAAAAGGCUUUUACAGGCACUCCUCCCUUUUCUAGCUCCUUGCCCAAGUGAGGCUGGUUUCUUGUGCUUCAGCCUGGAGAGCACGCAGAGUGAUGGCGGAGGCCGCUAGGCGUGCCCAGCUGUCUUCUAUGAAACCACCUGUUUAGGAGAUUUACAAAAUGUACAACAGGGUCAUGCUUCACAUUAAUUAUCUUUGUUUUGGAAAAAAGUUACUCUUGAAUAAAAAUGUUAUUUAUAUUAGUAUGUUAUGGGGCUGUUUUUGAUUUUUAAUGAAUUAAAUAAAUAUUUGAAAAUAUCUCCAUUUUAAUUUCUUCCACAUGAAUAUCAGUGGGUAUAAUCCCAGUAAAGGAAAUCCCUUUGGGAUCUUCCAUAAUGUUUAAAGAAUGUAAAGGAGUCCCGAGAGCUGGCGUUUUAGAGCAAACUGGCCCCAAUCACUUGUUCCUUUACCUGUGUCAAAGCCCAGUGUGGAGAGCCUUCCUGAGGUGGUCAGAAGAGCCACAUCGGCAUUCUGGCAGCCUCGCUUGGCUCCCCUGGGAGUGACUGCUCUGAAAUGGCCUCAGGCUUGCAUCCUCCAGAAUGAUCUUGGGGUCUGGGGUUUGCUUGUGGGAUAGGGUGAGGAGGAAAGAACCCUGGCUUUGGAAUCAGGAAGAAGGAAUAUCUCGACACUGUCACCCAUCUGGGCAAGCCCACUUGGACUUCUGCAUAGAGCUGAUGGUGAGUGUCGCCUGUGUGUGAAGCGGGGCUUUGGUGACCUGCCUGCUAACCACAGUCUUGAGAGUCUCUGACUCAGGUCUGGUUUUGGCUCAGAGUCUUCAGACG